AUGCAAUCUAUUAUUUAUUUUAUUAAAUAUGUAAUUUUUUUACUAUAUAUCUAUAAUAUCAUUUUAAAAGCUAAAAGUUUUAAGGUAUCAAAAAAUAUUAGGUAUUUUAUUUUCUUUGAAAAAAAUAUAGUGUUUAAGAGAGAAACAAAGAUUAACUUAAAGAAAAGUACAAAUAUAAAGAAAAUGGAUAGCCAAGAAAAUUUAUUUAUCGAUAUAGGGGCAAAUCUAACUGAUAAAAUGUUUGAUGGGAUUUAUAAUAAGAAAAAGCAUGAAAAUGAUUUAAAAUAUGUUUUAAAUAGGGCAAAGAACAAUAAUGUUGAGAAAAUUAUAAUAACUUGUACAUGCUUCGAAGAUAUUGAUAAAUCUCUUAAAAUUUGUGAAACAUAUGAUCCUGAAUGCAAUUUUUUAUUUUUAACUGCUGGUGUACACCCAACAAGCUGCUUUGAAUUUACUGGAAAAAAGCAUAUUGAAGAAACAGAAAUGUUAGCAAAAAAGGAAUUUGAAGACUUUAUAAAAUACUAUGAAAAUGAGAAAAAUUUUGUGGAAAAAAAAAAGUGUGAAGAUUUAGUUGAAAACAAAGAAAGUAACGUAAAUUUAAGUACUACGAUAAUAAAUGAAAGAAAAAUAAAUUCUGAUGAGAUAAGAAAAGAAGAUUUUAAAAUACCGGGUUUUGUUUAUGAUGAAAAAGAUCAGAAUUAUUUAGAAAAAUUAAAGGAAAAAAUAAAAAAUAAUAGUAAUAGAAUUGUAUCUAUUGGUGAAAUAGGAUUAGAUUUUGACAGGUUAUUUUUUUGUCCAAAAUAUACACAAAUUAAAUAUUUUAUAUAUCAGUUAAAAUUGGUGGAAAUAUUUAGAUUACCAAUUUUCCUACAUAUGAGAAAUUGUUCUGAUAUAUUUUUUGAAAUUUUAGAAAAAUAUAAGCCAUUAAUUGAAGAUGUUGGGGCAGUUAUUCAUAGCUUUACGGAUCAAAAGGAAACAAUAGAAAGAAUAUGUAACUAUAAAAAUUUGUAUAUAGGGGUAAAUGGAUGUUCAUUAAAAACUUUUGAAAAUAUAAAUGCAGUUAAAAAAAUACCUUUAAAUCUUUUAUUAUUGGAGACUGAUGCACCUUGGUGUUCAUUAAAAAAAACACAUGCAUCAUAUCAGUUCAUUAAAGAGAAAUAUGAAAAAAGAAGUUAUACAAACUUAAAAAAAAUUAAAAAUGUAAUACAGUGUGAUGACACAACUAUAUUUAAAGAAAGAAAUGAACCCUAUAAUAUUGUAGAUAUAGCAGAAAUUACAUAUAAGAUUAAGGAUCCUAACAUAACAUUUGAUGCAUUUUGUAAAAAAAUUAGAUGUAACACUUUAAAUUUGUUCAAGAAGCUAAGAUAA